GAUUCAAGUCCCAGAGCUAGCGGGAAAUACAAAUCAUAUCUUGGAGCUUGCUGAAUGCAUAUUCACUAGCCAUACGUGCUGUAAAUUACAAGGUAAUAUACGGAAUAAUUAUACGUUUGAGCUUGCUCAAAAUCCAUAGGUUAUGCAUAUAAAAACAUCUGUUUAGAUAGUAACUACAGUUUUAACCAGCUAGCUAGUUAACUAUCCACGUUUAGUCAUAGCAGUUGAUCACACACAGCGAUUAUUAGCUUGCUACAUUGUAACUAUACAACCAGUUACAACUACAGUUAAAACCGCCGCACUCUAGUUUGUUAUCGAGUAGCAGCUAUGCAUACUUCGUUGUGAGAUAGUUAACAUGAACAAUACAAGACUUGGACAGGAAUACCACUGAACUGUCUUGCAGCAUCGCACACGGUUGAUAACUCGGAGAACGUGCAAAUAUGCACCAUGACACCGAAGAAGAGAAAAGAAGCACAGCAUCUAACGUGCGAUUCGGGCAGUAUAACUAUACUGCUGAGGAGUACCAGGCUGUCCAGGAUGCUCUGCGACAGAAGCUGGGACCUGAGUACAUAAGCUCCAGGAUGGCGGGAGGGGGCCAGAAAGUGUGUUACAUCGAGGGUCACCGUGUGAUCAGCCUGGCCAAUGAGAUGUUUGGAUACAAUGGCUGGUCCCACUCGAUCUCCCAACAGAAUGUCGACUUUGUAGACCUCAUCAAUGGGAAGUUCUAUGUUGGAGUCAGUGCCUUCGUGAAAGUCCAGCUGAAGGAUGGAUCAUUCCAUGAAGAUGUGGGCUAUGGGGUGAGCGAGGGACAAAAGUCCAAGGCCCUGUCACUGGAGAAGGCCAGGAAGGAGGCAGUCACUGAUGGACUAAAGAGAGCACUCAAAUGUUUUGGAAAUGCCCUUGGGAACUGCAUCAUGAACAAAGAGUAUCUCAUAGCCAUCAACAAGAUCCCUAAACAGCCUGUACCCCCUCUGGACCUGGCCCAGACUAAGCGUUCUGACAGUGAGCCGUCAGUGGAGAAGGCUCGGUUCUCUAGCCUGGCCCGGUGUGACGUGGCAGGGAGGGCACCCCUGGAGCAGCCCAGGGCCCAGAAACCCCCUCAGAACCCCACAGGGGGGCUUGGGGAUGGAGAAGGGGAGGCAAAGACCUCUCUCUCACACACCCCUUAUGCUGCGUCUGUACCUGUAGUGCCCUCAGCUCAACUAGACAGUGAGAUCAAGCACUGUAGCCUUGUCAGGUCUGUUUCAGAUGCAGAGGACCUGUCUGUCUCUGACACCCACACAGACCCUAAGCAGCUGAGGAAGCUCAAGCAGCAGCAGCUGCAGCAGAAGUUCAGACAGGAGAUGGAGGCGAAAAAGCUGCAGCAGGAGAAGGGAAAUCCUCUACCCCAGUUCAAGGCAGCAGGCCCAGACAUAGAACAGGGACCCGGUGGAGCUCAUGAUGACCCAGAGCUCUGGGACUUUACUCUAGAUGGCAUUGAAGAGUUGGACGCAGGUGGUUCGACAUCAUCCUUGCUACGACCCAACACGCCAGGGGGGAGUCACCAGAUGCUGACCCGCAGUAAGACACCUCAGAGACUUCCUGUUAGACCCCACGAACCCCUACCUCAUGGCCGAAGUCAUCAAUCUCAGUUCAGACCCCAAAACCCCAACCAGCACCAGGCUCACGGGACAUCUGACAGGGCAGCUGAGACUGGACUGGGUGAGGCCUCAAGUCCCUAUAGACAAGGACAGUACAUGAAGAAACGCAAGCUGGCAACUUAACAGCUGAUGAACUCAGCUAAAAGCCAUUUUAUCAACACAAAUAUUUUAUUUAUUAUAAUUUGUACGUUUAAUAUCUGGGUAUCUUGUUUCUGCUAAAACUGUUUGUUAUAUUGUUGUUAGUAACUGUUAGUCUUGU